AUGGCAGGCCGCCAGGAAACAAUCAAUCUCGACACCCUAGCUCCCGAGCAGCUCGCACAAGUCAAGAAACAACUAGACGAAGAGCUCGAACACCUCACAACCUCUUUUGCCCAACUCCACGGCGCCCAAAACAAGUUCAAAGACUGCCUGCGAUGUGUCGAGAGCCGCUCAGCUGCGCCCGCGGGUCCCACCCCAGUUCUCGUUCCUUUAACGAACUCCCUCUACGUGAGCGGCGAGCUGGCCAAAUCGGAUAGUGUUUUGGUGGACGUUGGUACGGGUUUCUUAGUGGAAAAGAAACUGAGCUCAGCGAAGAAAUUCUACGAUGGCAAAGUAACAGAGCUUCAAACCAAUCUCAAGGAUUUGGAGAUAAUUAUUCAGCGGAAACAACAAAAUGCUCGCACAAUUGAGGAGGUCCUGAGACAAAAGAUAAUGGCCGCUCAGAGCACUGCAGACUCGCAGUCAUAA